CACGGAACGACCUAGUAAUAGAGCAAAGAACGCCUGUGAGCAUUUACGUCUUCUUCCCUCGGCACUAUAUUUUCUUGUUUCCAUUUUUGCUUCUAGCUAGUGGCCUACAAACAGGUUCUCAGAUGAACCAAGUCAAAGCGGAAUAGUGAAACACGUUUCUUCACAAUCCACAACUGACUAUGCUCAGUUACCGAGCUGAUGAGCCGCAAGCCCGAGCCUUCUAACUCGUCUCCAACACCAGGUUCGAAAAAAGGUCAUUUGAAAUCUGACCCCUUCCGUUUUGUCCUUCGGUCAUAUAUCCAAUCCCCUACUACCCAGCCCGCAGACACCGUCAUCUACCACAACGAUUACUGGGUGUUCAUUCAGGACAAGUUCCCGAAAUCUCAAAUCCACUGCCUCCUCGUGUCACGGGAUCCUGCAAUCUCAGAAUUACACCCUUGCACGGCCUUAUCUAAACCAAAAUUCCUUGCCGCAGCCAGGGAGGAAGUGAAACGCGCCAAGAGCAUCGUUGCUGCAGAGGCGCGAAGACGAUGGGGCACAACGAGCGCGAAAGAGAAGGCGAGACGAGACGCGAUGGAGAAGCUGCUGGAAUCCGCAGAUGAAAUCGGCGAAGACAAGGAGAUGAGCCCUGAGGAGCGCCAGGCCGAGCUGGAAGCGCAACUACCCUCUGGUCGGGACUGGGAGAGUGAGAUUUUGGUCGGGGUGCAUGCACAUCCUAGUCUGUACAAUGUCCACAUCCAUAUCUUGACACCGGACCGGUUCUCGGAAAAGAUGAAGCACAAGAAGCAUUAUAACAGUUUCCAAACGAGGUUCCUUGUUGGGCUUGAUGAGUUCCCGCUACCGGAGGACCAGAGAGAGGGACAGGGGAGAGGACGGUAUUUGAAGGGAGAUUUGGAGUGCUGGCGUUGUAAGAAGAAGUUCGGUUCGCACUUCGCUGAGUUGAAAAGGCACUUAGAGGAGGAGUAUGAGGACUGGAGGCAGUUAUGAUCCUAAAGACGGCAUCCAAUGUUUGGAAGCAAUGUGUUCAUGCAGUAGUGUUGUACAUAUUUACACAGGCCCGUUUUCUGGGGCUAUGAUACA